AUGAUCCAAGCAGCACUAUUAACGGUACUUAGCCUGGGAUUAAGGCAAGCACAUGGACAUGCAAGUCAUCAUGUUACUUCACAUGGUCAUGAUCACGUACACCAGAAUAGUUUCCAACAAUUGAACAACGGUGCCGUAAUUCAAUAUCUGCAACUGCUGUUCCCAUUCUCGGCAAAAUACAAUGCAAUGCUCGCGACCCUCUAUUUGUGUGCUCUUCCGUGUAUCUUGGUGGCGAUAAUACCGGGGUUCAAAAGAGGUGGAACUAAAAUGGUUCGACUCAUGGUUCCAUUCGCUCUUGGAGGAAUCUUAGGGGACGUAUUUUUACACGUUCUUCCAGAGCUAUACCAUGAGGGCGAUCCUGUUGAUAUUGGAUAUGGAAUUCUAUAUGGGUUCCUUUCCUUCAUGGCGAUCGAUAAACUACUGAGGGUGAUCAACAUGGGCAGUCCAAACUCACAUUCGCACUCACAUUCGCACACACACACAUUCGACGAUGAUCACUUGAAACAGUCGACAGAGGAAGAUAAGAAGCCUACUGGCACUCAGAGUUCCAGGAGCAAGACCAAUAACAAGUCUUUGGAGGUAAGUACGUAUCUCAAUAUGGUUACUGAAUUUAUACACAAGGCUGCCGAUGGUAUCGCAGUAUCCUCAUCGUUCUACACAUCAAAAUACGUUGGGAUAAUGUCAUUCAUGGCCGUUGUAUUUCACGAGGUUCCGCAUGAAUUAGGAGACUUUGCUGUAAAACUAUCCAGUGGGUUGACUUUCAAACAAGCUAUCGAAUCUGAGCUAUUUACAUGCUUGGGAUCAUUGACUGGAGCUGCCAUCGGAUGUAUAUUAAAUGAAAUGGGCAAAGGUAAUGACGAACUCAACAACGAGGAAUGGACCAACAAGAUCAUGAUUAUAACAUGUGGAGGGUUCAUCUAUACGAGCACAGUUGGCGUGGUACCAGAAUUACUAAAUAUAAGUACCAACUCAAGACGAAAAGAGAUCACAACUACUGUCAUUCAAAUCGGAUGCACAUUGCUGGGUUUCUACAUGAUGAGCAUUAUAGAAUGA